UGUCGAAAUCUUGGCAGCGCCGGAUUUAAGGCGGCUCCACCUGGAAAUUUACGCUGCACGCCCGCCCACUGCACGCUGCACAUCAACAUGCCUGCCGUGAAGAGAAGAAAACUCGAUGCGCCCACCAGCGCUGCUGGACCUUACCCGCACAAAUCCAAGCCCUCCAAACGCUCGGAACGCCCUGCGAAACCCAAUGCGAAGACCGCGCCGCGCAAAGAACCAGAACCUGCCCCAGAAUCUAGCGAGGACGACGCUGAAGAUGCGGAACAGGUGGUAGAAGCGGAGGAAGAGAGCGCACCGGUUGAUCAAGGCGAAUCAUCCAAGAGAACCUUCGCAGACCUCGGCGUACGGGAAGAGCUCUGCGAAGCCUGCGCCAACCUCAAAUUCACCAACCCAACGCCCAUCCAGGAACAAUCGAUCCCGUUGGCCCUAGAAGGGCGCGAUGUCAUUGGAUUGGCAGAGACGGGCUCUGGAAAGACAGCCGCUUUUGUACUGCCUAUCCUCCAGUCGCUCAUGGAAAAGCCGCAAUCCCUCUUCGGACUGGUGCUUGCGCCAACCCGAGAAUUGGCUUACCAGAUCUCGCAGCAGGUUGAGGCGCUCGGGAGCAUUAUCAACGUGAAAUGCGUCACCCUCGUGGGUGGCAUGGAUAUGGUCGCGCAGGCAAUUGCUCUCAGCAAGCGACCGCAUGUUGUCGUUGCCACACCCGGACGAUUGCUAGACCACCUCGAGAACACCAAGGGCUUCUCGCUGAAGCACUUGAAGUAUCUAGUCAUGGACGAAGCCGAUCGCCUGCUCGACCUCGACUUUGGCCCUAUCCUCGACAAGAUUCUCAAGGUCCUCCCACGGGAGGGACGUCACACAUACCUCUUCUCGGCCACCAUGUCGACCAAGGUAGAGAACCUCCAGCGCGCGGCCCUCCACAACCCCGUCCGCGUCAGCAUCUCCUCCAGCUCCCACCAAACCGUCUCGACGCUCAUGCAGCGCUACAUCUUCCUCCCCCAUAAGCACAAGGACCUCUACCUGAUCCACAUCCUCAACGACGCCAUCGGUCAUCCUACCAUCAUCUUCACACGCACCGUGAACGAGGCACAGCGCGUUGCCGUGCUGCUACGCACCCUCGGCUUCGGCGCCAUCCCCAUUCACGGCCAGCUUAGCCAAUCGAAUCGUCUCGGCGCGCUCCAGAAGUUCAAGGCCAAGUCCCGCGACAUCCUCGUGGCGACUGACGUCGCUGCCCGUGGUCUCGAUAUUCCCUCCGUUGACUUAGUCAUCAAUCUCGACCUACCGCCGGACAGCAAGACCUACGUGCAUCGUGUCGGCCGCACAGCCAGAGCUGGCAAGAGCGGCAAGGCUAUCUCGUUCGUGACGCAAUACGACGUGGAAAUCUGGCUGCGGACAGAGACGGCGUUAGGGACCAAGAUCCAGGAGGAAGUUGUACCCAAGGACGAGGCUAUGGUACUGGCUGAGCGGGUGAGCGAAGCGCAGCGAGUGGCAGUCAAGGAGAUGAAGGAGAUUCACGACAAGCGCGGGAGGAGAGGCGGCGGCGGCGGUGGAUUCAAGGGGAAGAGGGGCAGGGAUGGGAUGGACCAGGAGGAGGGCUAG